ACUUGACAUGUCAUCUCCAUUGGGCGGUAGUUAGCUUCAUAAGAAUGCUUUCAAAUGUUUUUAGGUAUCAGGCGUUUAUACACAAAUGGCAGAUUACUACAGCCAAGAUUACGGGUCAUCAAUGGAUUACAAUAACAUGGAGACUGGUUACGGGUCUGCUGCUCAGUCUACCGCGAUGGGUAAUGGGGAAUAUGGGCAAUUUUCAUAUGACCACAUAAGAGAUGAGGAAGACUAUCAAGCAAUUCCUCGCCCCGAAAAGCGAGUAUCAUCGCCCCAAACUAAAUACGACUCUGGAAAUGACGACCGAAUUCGGGAUAAAAAACGUGGGCGGAGGAAGUCGCGCAGUCGUAGUCGUGAUCGUCGACGUCAUAGCCGAGAUCGACAUCGAGACCACAGUCGAGAACGUAAAUCUAGGAGACAUCAUUCACGUCAUCGGUCAGCUUCAAGUCCUACGUUAGUAUAUAAGUAUUGGGAUGUUCCGCCCCCAGGGUUUGAGCAUGUAACUCCGGCACAGUACAAAGCCCUUCAAGCAUCAGGUCAAAUACCGGUCAAUGUAUACGCUGCAGGACAGGUACCAAUGCCAGUUCAUGCUCCGAAUGCUCCUCUAACACUCACUACUAAUGUUCCGUUCGCCGGCAGUGCUGUUUGCAGACAAGCACGCCGAUUAUACGUUGGUAACAUACCGUUCACAGCAACAGAGGAGAAUAUGAUGGAAUUCUUUAAUAAACAAAUGCGUGCUCAAGGCUUGAUUCAAGCGGAAGGUAACCCCAUAAUUGCCGUGCAAAUAAAUAUGGAGAAGAAUUUUGCUUUCUUGGAAUUUCGUUCUGUCGACGAAACAACCCAAGGUCUCGCGUUAGAUGGUGUUUUGUUUCAGAAUCAAGCUUUGAAGCUUCGCCGACCACGUGAUUAUGCUCCUCUACCAGGUGUUUCGGAACAGCCUUCAGUCAUUGUUCCGGGUGUUGUUAGUACGGUUGUCCAAGAUUCUCCACAUAAAAUUUUCGUGGGUGGUCUUCCCAACUAUUUAAAUGAAGACCAAGUAAAGGAAUUACUUCUAAGCUUUGGCCCCUUGAAAGGAUUCAAUCUUGUUAAAGAUGGUUCUACCGGUCUAUCGAAAGGCUAUGCCUUUUGCGAAUAUGUCGACGCAAACGUUACAGACCAUGCGUGCGCUGGUUUGAAUGGCAUGCAAUUGGGUGAUAAAAAACUCAUUGUGCAACGGGCAAGUGUAGGAGCAAAGCAUACUACAGGUGUUCUUCCCCAAACUUUGCUAUCGUUACCAGGGUUAGAAGAUGGUACUGUCCAGAACACGACCGGUUCAGGUAAUAUAACAAUUCGUAGUGGUGGGCCGCCUACCGAAGUACUAUGUUUGAUGAAUAUGAUCGAGACUUCGGAACUAGAAGAUGAUGAAGAAUACGAAGAUAUAGUUGAAGAUGUUCGUGCAGAAUGUAGUAAAUAUGGUGUUGUUCGCAGUCUAGAAAUCCCUCGACCGAUCCCCGGGGUUGAAGUUCCAGGAGUCGGAAAAAUAUAUGUUGAAUUCGCAAGUCUGAUCGACUGUCAAAAAGCUGCCACUGCUCUAACAGGAAGAAAAUUCAACCAAAGACUCGUGGUGACGUCUUUCUUCAGUCCUGAUAAUUACCAUCGCAGGGAGUUUUAAAUCUGACUGUUUUAAGAUGUAUAUAUAAUACAAUUUUAAUGAUCUUAUUAGGUUAA